AUGGAUACGGUGUUGAAAGAGAAUAUUCGGAACAGUCCGGUUAAAAAACGGAAUAAAGAACAUCGGAAGCGAGAAAGAGAUAAAGACAUUACUCGCCCCACGAUUACAGCCAGUGAUAUUCAUACGGAGAAAGAUGAGUUAGUUUUACCGACUCCGAGUGGACGACGAGGGACGAAGGGGCGGGGUUCCGGGUAUAUCACGAUGAAAGAUGAACAGAUUACCUCCUAUACCAACGAUGAUGGUGUCACAUACCGGAUUAACGAUUGUGUGUACAUAGAAAAUAAAAGACCUGAAAAUCCUUACUUCAUUUGUGGUAUUAAACAUUUCCGAUUGACAAAGCGAGAUACUCUAGUCACAGAUAUUAAAUGGUAUUUUAGAUUCUCCGAGGUUCCUUUCAGUGUUUAUACUUUACUAGUCCAGGAUCGAACUACCGAAAACAAUUGUGUGUACAUAGAAAAUAAAAGACCUGAAAAUCCUUACUUCAUUUGUGGUAUUAAACAUUUCCGAUUGACAAAGCGAGAUACUCUAGUCACAGAUAUUAAAUGGUAUUUUAGAUUCUCCGAGGUUCCUUUCAGUGUUUAUACUUUACUAGUCCAGGAUCGAACUACCGAAAACAGUAUAUCUACUGGCUCUUAUUGGCCAAGAUUAAAAUUGUUAAAUUUUAUGUUCAUUCUAAGAUGUGGUAUUCCUUUAACAUAUGGGGAAGGCUGUUAA